UCAUCAGAGGAACUUAUGCUCCCAACAGCUAGCCUGCAGGCUUUUAAGGAUUCCUCUUCCAGCCAGACUGACAGGCAAGACCUGCCACAACAGGCAGCUGGGCAAGCCCUGGCCAUGGAAAGGAACAGCCCUUCUUACAGCAACCUGAAAUGUGGGGAGAGGAACAGUGCAGGGAUGAGCCAAGCAAUACAUGAGAGAAUCAUACAGACCAUGUGGAGUGGUAUGACUGUACCACCAAAGCAAGGCCCUGGAACCGAUGGAUCAGGAGACGGAUUGGUGAUAUUACCCACUUUUACAACAACACACCUUCCUGCUACGGGUCCUUCGACUGUGGAUGACCAUGAGCCAGUACUUGUAACAGCAAGCACUACUGAAAGCAGCUUUGAAACACAGAGUUCUCCAAGUACUGAACUGAAUGCUGUGAAUGAUGAGGACAGCCUAGAAGCAGCAGAACAGUCUAUCUUGAUAUAUGUUGUCCCUGUGGUGUUGCUGGUCCUGCUGAUCUUGAUCAUAUUUUUUGUAAUGCAUCAUAAAAGGAAAAAGUCUAAGCAAGAUGAGCUGGGAAGUGAAAAUGUGAAAAGUCCUAUUUUUGAAGAAGACACGCCCUCUGUUAUGGAGAUAGAAAUGGAAGAGCUUGAUAAAUGGAUGAACAGCAUGAACAAAAAUGGUGACUGUGAAUGUUUGCCUACUGUAAGAGAAGAAGAAAAAGAAUCAAUUGCCAACCCGAGUGAUGGUGAAUCAUGAAGUCCUCAGAACAGCAAAGAACUGGCUAAAAGGAAGCAGCACACAAGCUCAUUAUCUCCCAGAUAUUGGAAAGACUGGAUUUAAAUAUAAUUCCUCUCAAAAGGCCAGGGAAGCAAAUGCUUUUGUUGUGUCCUGCUUUAUAUGGUCUUCAGAAAGGAAACAUCACCAAGGGAAAAGAAGACAAGAAAAAGGAGAAAAAAAUGAAAAGAAAAAAAGAAAAGCACUGUAGCAAGAUCAAGGACUGAUUUAAAUUCUUUUUGCAAUGAGAUUCACCACAAAUCAAGAGAAACCUCUUUUCUACCCUGGCUAAAAGUUCUCAAAGUAGUCCAUGUUUCUGUCUGGCUCUGCAGUUGUGUAUUGUGCAGCACUUAAAACCAAUUCUGUUCCAGGCUUCGUGGGUUUCUUUGUUUUGUUUUGGGUUUGUGGGUGUUUGUUGCAGUGUCCAUAAUUCUGGACUGCCCUGGUUUGGUGAAUGUGAAGCUCAUUCCUAUGCAGUGUUUAUUUCUCAAUUUUCUUUUUCUGAACGGUGCACUGAUUUGCACAGGACUGCUGCUGGGGAGGUACCAGGCUAGGACUGACAGACCAGCUCUGAGGACAGACAGCAGCUGAAAAGCCUCUCAAAGGAAUAGCCAGAAGUGACUGCAACCCAGCGACUGCAUGGACUCUGCAGAGUGCUUUUUGAUUUUCAGAUUAAAGGCACUGUAGAAGUGAAAAGUAUUAUUUUGAGACUGCCUUUCAGUUUGUUAUCUCCACAGAUGAGUGCCCUGGGAUAGCUCUCCCCAUGUAACUCUCCUCCCUGCCCAGGGCUGUUCUCUAACCACCUACUUCGGGAAUAUUCAACUUAAAAACAUUUAUUUUUUUAAAAAAAUGACUGAGGUUGAAAAAUUGAACAAUUCAGUACUCACAGUUCAGUACUCACAUUAAAUACAGGUUUAGAUAAGUAUGUUAUGCAUAACUACUUGGUCAAGAGGUUUGCUGCUGCUUCUGUUUUUAAAUACUGAGCCUGCAAUAUCUGAAAGACAUGGACUUCCAAGUGUGCCUGGUCACCUUUAGUUACAAUGAAAAAAAUCAGACUCCUGGGAUACCUGAAGGUGGGAAUAUGAAUGUUGUAACUGUGUCCCUUGAUUUUAGAUAGCAUAUCUCUUAGGGAUGUAGCUUAAAUAUGUAACACACAUAAAAGUGGAUCCUUGUCUGGGCAAAGCUUCUCUUGCCUGAUUUAAAAUAGCAAAUUCAUAUCCUACCAUAUCUUAUAUCCUACCUAUCCUCAUCUUCUAUUUAAAUAUGUAAUGCCUUCCCACUCAAUACAUGUUUAAUAUGAUCAGGUUUUUUUGCCUGCAAAUAAUUCACUGAUAUGUUACUAUGCAUAGCUUGAUUAAAGAGAGAAAACAAACGCCUCAAGCCUCCGUGAUGCCGUCUAAGUAUCACUAACAGCUGACAAAUACAGAGGAUGGUUCAGCUUUUUAAAUACUUAAAGACAUGUCAAAAUACAGAAGGAAAAAGAUGUUUAGAGCUAACCAUAUUCAUUCAUUACUGAAUUUGACUUGAUUAGUAAUUUCCUCAAAGAAUAAAAGAUUUCUUCAUUGUUUCAAAACAAUUUAUUGCAAAUAUUUGAUUUAGUAGAUGAGUGAUGGUAAAUAAACUUUCCCUGCUUGGAUGAUUUUUAACUUUGAAAAAAGUGUUUUAAGUUCAUCUUUCACAACUAUUUUUUUAAAUGUUUCCACUAUUUCCUGACAGUGGACCCAUCCUGUAGAAUAUUGGUUUAAAAGAAUGCAGUCACAAGGGGAAGAAAAAGUGCAAGAUUGAAAUUUAGAAAAUUUUUGAAAAUGGAAGUAGAUAUUUUCCGGUAGCAGGUUUGUUGGCAACUUCUUUCCAACAGACAAAAAUGUUUUGCUCAGAUUUCCUACAAUUUGCAAAGCAGUAACCUGAAGAUGCCCAAAACAGAGAGACUGUUUUUUUAAUGGUUCAAGAUAAAAGGCUGUAUUUUAAGACCAUUACCAGCCAUGUGGUUGGAGGGCAGUCAGUGGGACCUAGCAGUUCACAACACCAGUGUCCAGUGGUGACUCUCACCACACCUUGCUCCAGUCCACACAGCUCUGUGUCCAACAGCCACUGCCUUCUCCCUGGAGAGAGCUGAAGCACAGCUGGACAUGAAGAAUAGGAGUCCUUGCCUUUCAUAGUUUAUUUUUUUUGCUUUUGAAAAUUAACCAACUCCCAAAGGUGACUCAGUUCUGGCACACUGGUGAU